AAUGUUCAGUGGCUGUAAUAACUGUACUCAGACCUGACUUUAACGUAUGCAGACAGUGACUUUGAAACCUGACCAGAGAAAUGUUCAGAAAAAACGCUGUUCCUUUAAAAUGACGCUAAAGGCCGGGGCCGUCACUUAGCUCCCCCUAGUAACCCUCUUCGGCGUCUCGGAAGAUAGCUACCUGGAGAAAGAUGGGUUUGUUGUCAAUUCUUAGAAAACUAAAGAGUGUCCCGGACCAUGAGGUACGCAUUCUGCUCCUGGGCUUAGACAAUGGUGGAAAGACAACACUUCUCAAACAGCUGGCCUCUGAGGAUAUUAGUCACAUCACCCCAACACAGGGCUUUAACAUUAAGAGCGUGCAGUCUCAGGGCUUCAAACUAAAUGUCUGGGACAUUGGAGGCCAGAGGAAGAUAAGGCCGUACUGGAGAAACUACUUUGAAAAUACAAACGUGCUCAUUUAUGUCAUAGACAGUGCAGACAGGAAGCGAUUUGAGGAAACGGGGCAGGAGUUGGCCGAGCUGCUGGAUGAGGAGAAACUUAGUGGCGUACCUGUUUUGAUCUUUGCAAAUAAGCAAGACCUGCUGACUGCUGCUCCGGCCUCUGAGAUCGCAGAGGGACUGAACCUGCACACCAUUCGGGACCGCAUGUGGCAAAUUCAGUCCUGCUCUGCACUUACAGAAGAGGGAGUUCAGGAUGGAAUGAACUGGGUCUGCAAGAACGUUACUGCAAAGAAGAAGCAGUGAGUCUAGUGUAUUUUUCUACAGCCGUUCAGGGAAUGUUAAAAGCAAGCUUUGUGGACUGUGUGGAUUCCCUACCAGCUCGUUCAGGUUAAAGGGAUCUGAGGAGGUUCAGAGAGCCUUUUCUUUUUUCUCCUCUGAACCACCUCAGCCACUGCCUCAAUUCCUCCGUCAUCGGUCUGACUCACAGUCACUCCAUAAACACUGUGCAAUAGCAUGAUACUCCAAAUGAAUUUGAUUUAUAAUGUCCAAU